CUCCCUGCCCAUUGUGCGCCGGAGACUGACUUCCUACUACGCUUCAGCAGCACAUUCCACACUUGUGUACCUACGAAACUCGCCUUUGCAUCAAACCUUCUGGGCGCCUUGAGCAUUGUCGCUUGGCUGUUCGCUCAACUCCCCCAAAUAUACAAGAAUUGGUCAUUACAAAGCACAUCUGGACUGUCCAUCUUCUUCUUAGUAGAGUGGUGCUUAGGCGAUCUAGGCAAUCUUCUAGGCGCCCUAUUUACCCAUCAAGCUUCCUGGCAAGUGGCAAUCGGUUGCUAUUAUGUCUUCGUCGAUCUAUGCCUAGUCGGGCAGUGGAUAUGGUUCGAAAAGCUUCGGCACGGUCAUCCAGUAUUCAGGGCAUGGCGGAGAGGGAACGGUAAUGGAUACGACAGCUCAGACAGCGGGAGCAUGGAGCAAGUGACUUCGAAACCACCUACACGACCCAAAAUCAUCUUCCGCACACCUGCGUUCGAGAAACCACCUGAAGAGAAAGAGAAGGGAAGUCUGAGUUCAACGCCGAGAAGCAAUACAAUACAUCGAGUAGGACCGUCAUCACCAAUGCCCUCUCCCUCACCUCGGACAAUCCUCUUCAUCGCCUGCUUAAUCGCAAUGGCACACGCCUCCCCAAUCAAGCCCACUUCCGCCGAAGGACACCCCUUGGACUCCGGUCCCACAUCCCUAGAACGAGCAGGAACAGUCCUCUCCUGGAUGUCAACAGUCCUCUACCUCGGCUCCCGCCUCCCCCAACUCUUCAAGAACUGGCGUCGAAAAUCCACCUCAGGCCUAAGCCCCCACCUCUUCAUCGCCGCCUUCUGCGGCAACAUGUUCUACUCCAGCGCCCUCCUCACCAAUCCCUGCGCCUGGGAAGAUUUCGGGCCGUACGGGGGCGGAGGCUGGGUCGGGAAAGACGGAAGCGAGAGAGCGGAAUGGGUCAUGGCGGCUCUGCCUUUUUUCCUCGGAGCCGCGGGAGUUCUUGGGCUGGAUGCGAGCGUUGGGGUGCAAUUUUUGAUUUAUGGGGAGGGACCUGAGAAGUUGGUUGUUGUGGAAGAGGAGCAGGGACGGAGGCGGUGGAGGCGAGUUUCCGGUUGGAUUAGAGGUUGGAUGCCGAGU